AUGUCUUCUCAUUAUCAUCGGUGGUACCUCACGUCUUAUCUGCUCCUAAUUGUAUUCUUCUACUUCACGCUGAUUAGCAUCACAACAGCAACAAUAUUCUCUGACUCAUUGGAUCUAUGCCAAACUCAAUGUCUUGAUCGAAAUCUGGUGGUUGCGCUCGCUCGUGGUGCAGUUGACUGGGACACUUCAUUAUUUGAGAUCAGCCUAACUCAACGAAUUAAUGCGUGUCAUAGCGGCUGUCAAGAUUUGGAAUCAACAAAUUCGACUUGCUCAGAGCGUUGUGCUAAACUGAUGCCAACAGAUAGCUGUAUACAAGGUUGCCGGGCUGUUACCGAUAUUUUUCUUCAUCAUUUACAAGGGUUACUGAGUCAUGCGCAAGUUGUAAUCGAAGAUGAUUCAUCGAUGGGUGUAAAUACGGUUUGGAGUUUAAGUAGUGAUUAUGGUUCAAUUAUCAGUGACAUUUUGGUGGAUGACAUACAGUGGGCUGUUCAAAGUCGUCCGGCUAAUACUUCCCUCCCGUGGGAUGUUACAGUUUUUGAAAAGGCAUUCAACAUUGAAACCCUAGAAGCAGUUGUAAAUAUACCUUCAGUUUUUGCUGAAGAAAUAGAGCUCCGACUAUGUAUAUCGUGGCGGACUUAUACUAUCGUCUCUCCUAUACAUCACCUUCCUAUCAGCAAUACUGAUAACAUCAAGCCAUUACCACCAACAAUUAUUUCACAUUUGCAAAUAUCAACGAAUAGUUUUGUAGUUUGUUGGAAGAGUGCAUUAAAACGUUUCUACAAAAUUUCGUUGUAUUCGCUUGAUGAAAUUGAAAUCACAACAGCGUUGGUGGAAAAUACUUGUUAUUUGUUCCAAGAAGUAUCCGUCGACAAUUGUUGUCGUGUUGAUAUUGGCUAUGCAAAUAAUGAAACUGCUUCUGUAUCCAUACGAAUUGAUCUUAUUAAUACAGGCUUAGAAGAAAAAUCAGAAUCAGCAGCGCAAUUGGUUUUUACGAAUGGCACGUCAGUGAUGAAACUCUACGAUAUUGAUGAUUACGCCGUGCUUAGUGAUCCAAAAUUAAUUCCGUUCGAGUUAAAACUUGGCAGAUCCAUUACCGCAUUGUGCUCCGUAUCAGCUGAAAAAUUAUUGAUUGCAUUAGAUGAUGGUAGUAUGUACUGGUUAACAAUUGAUGAUAAUGAUGAUAUAUCAAGCGGAAUGUUACGAUCACCGGAUGGUACAGCAAUUGUACAUAUGGAUGUUGAUCAUAUACAAGGCGCCGUAUACGCUGUUCUGUUUAAAAGAGGAAUUCUAAGACAUAUAUAUUGCAUAUUAAAUGGCGGCGAAGUGUUCUCGAUACCAUUAUUUCCAUUCGAUGCUCCAAACAUUCUUCCGUUUUCGGCCACAGAAAAAAUGCCUACUCUUGCAUUUGCAAUUGAAGCAGAACCGGAGAAUUCAAGAUUAAUUUCGCUCACACAAACCGGCUCAAUUUUAGCAAUAAAUAUUGUAAAUCAAUCAGUUACUGAUCUUCGGGUCAAUAUUGAAGUGAGUGAACUGUACAGUAAUAUUAAAAAGGCUCAUCUUUUUGAUGGACGAUUGUUUUGGACGUCAACAAGUUGUGGUGAUACACAUUCCUGGGAUAGUUGUUUGUACGGUGAAGAAUAUGAUAUCGAGAAAAAGAAAAUACAUUUAAAUCGUUAUUUAUACUCGGGUCGAGUUGUUGAUUUUGUAUUUCUACGUGACAAACCAAUGCCAAUAACAAUACUCUCACCGAGUAAAAUAGGCCUUAUAACAGCCGAUAGUACAGCACGAGUUACAUGGGAAUCUCCAAUAUUAUUACCGUUUCAAGCACAAAAUGAAUGGCGUCAUUUGCUUUAUGAAUGUCGCAUAAUUGGUGACGAAGAAAAUGGCAGUACAACAGCGGAAUUUACACAGUUAUCUGACACUAAUCUAUUAAUCCCGAUUUCUCCCGGGCUUCAGUAUCAUGCAUCUGUUCGAGCCUGUAUCAAUACCAUAUGCUCUUCAUACGCUAAUGCUAUCAAUAAUGCAUUUGCCCCAUUCACUGAGCCUUUAUUUAUCGCAUUUCAUCAAACGAUCAAUAAUAAUAUCAGUUAUUAUGAUAUGCUCGGUGAUCCAAUCGAAAAUUACACGCUACCUGGUCCAGUACCAACAGAUGAAGCUACGGUAUUUGCUUAUGAUAUAUUAAUGAAAUCGCUGUAUGUUGCUAAUACGGAUAAGAAUAUAAUAAUUCGAAUACGUAACGAUGGUUCUCAACAACUUUUUUUGGAUUCAAUUGCCGUAAAAUUUAUGACAGUGAUGUCACGUAAUGCAAUAAUUGUUGUAGCAUC